UUCCUUUUCUACCCCUACACAGGUGACACGCUCAAAAUACCCGAUUCGGUUAUGGGAAUCACCUUUUUGGCGGCAGGAACAAGCGUUCCAGAAGCGGUUUCUAGCGUAAUAGUCGCUAAGCAGGGGCAUGGUUCCAUGGGAAUCAGCAACUCGAUCGGAUCGAACACGUUUGACAUCCUGCUGUGUUUGGGGCUGCCAUGGUUCAUCAAAGCUGCUUUCUCACCGAUCGAACCGGGUCAUCAUUGGGUGGGCAUCAAUUCGGCUGGUUUGGAAUACUCGGCCAUUUCGUUACUGUCGACGCUGCUGUUGCUGUACAUUGCAUUUUGGCUGAAUAAGUUCAAACUAAACCGGCGAGUGGGCAACACUUGUCUGAUAAUGUACGCCAUGUUUUUGAUCAUGGCCAGUCUGAUCGAAUUGAACGUAUUCUUCCCAGUUAACCUACCCACCUGUGUGCGGUGAACGGAGUGUUCGAAAUCAUGCAAUCAUAUGCAGCAUUAAGUGAACCGUUUAUCUUCAUACCUAGAAAAACUCAAAGAAGGAGAAAAGCGUGGACUUCAUUUUGGAUCAAAAUAAUCUGUCAAAAGCGGAUUCAAUCGAUGAACUGCCUAUCAUGAUAUCGGGGUAACAAUGCAAAAAAUAAUGUUUUGUUCGCUUAUCUCUAGCUAUGAGUUUUACUAGUUGUACCCGGCUCACUGCAGUGCGUAUUUCGAAGUGAUCUGAUAAAGCGAGGUUGUUUCAUUUGUUAGCAUGUGUUAAAAAAACGGUCGGUCGUCACACGAUCGAACCGGUGAACACAUUGCUUUUGUUGUUCUGCUGUUAUUGAUGCGGUGCAGGACUCGGUUUGGGACGACGCCUCGCUGAUUAGUCGAAUAAAUCGUAUGUUGAUAAGAAUGACACUAGGACGUAGGGUAGAGCGAAGCCUCGCAAUGAUUAACAUUGCUUUUGGAUAGCAGGAUUAUGAGUUUGCGAAUGGAUAAAAUAAAACUAACAUUAUUUGACUUAAAGCCAAUUGUAAACUCGAAACCAUAGACCAAAAAAGCAUACCAAACAUUUGAUGGCUUAGGAAUACAUAUUGUAAAUCAAUUAAAGUAACAUUUACCGUAACAAACGUUUAAUUUUUCUAGUUUAAGUUGUAGCCAAAGAUAAAAAACACGGUUAGAAAAUGAAUGUGAAAUCAAUUAAAAGAGAUGAUAUUUUUAGAUUUAAAACGAGUGACAUACAUUCCCUUCCUCAGUAUUGUAAAUAUUUGUGUAUUUUUGAAGAAAUGUGCAUUAACUGCUAGAAUAAAUAAAAAAAUACAGUGUUAACGCUA